UGGGCUAUAAAUAUUCCUGGGCUUCUGAUUAAUGUAAUCCAUUGUUCGUGACUCUCGUUCUGAGUGUUUCGAAGAAUUUAAGAUGGACAAGGUAAUACUACUUCUUGGAAUAUUUUCAGCUUUUAGUAUGAGCAAUUCGCAUCCAGCCAGUACCAAAAAUGGUGAAAAAAUCAUCGGCUGUUACUAUGAAAGCCUCGCCAUAUUUCGUGAAUCGAAAGGACAGUUUGGAAUUCCCAACAUCAAUGCAUCUCUUUGUACUUAUGUAAUUUAUACUUUUUCUGGAGUUCUUGAUAAUGGCGUUGUUGAAAUGUCUGAUGCAAACCUAGACUCAGCAAAUAAUGGAUUUAAAAGAUUCGAGGAAUUUCGAAAACAAAACCCAUCUGUCAAAACCUUAAUCUCUAUGGCAGGAUGGACUCAAGGAUCGGUUAAUUAUUCCCAAGUGGUGUCCGAUGCAACUCUGCGGGAAAAACUUGUUGAAAAUCUCGUUAAUAUUGUUCAAAAAUAUAAAUUUAAUGGAUUUGACCUCGAUUGGGAAUAUCCAGCUCAACGUGGUGGAUGCCCUUCUGAUAAGAAAAAUUUUGUUCUGCUGUUAAGGGAACUGAGGCAUCAGUUUAAUAAGCAUGGUUUAAUUUUGUGUGUGUCAGUUGGAGCUACGGAAGAAACAGCCAAGAUAUCCUACGAUAUUAAAAGAGUAUCUAAAUAUGCUCAUAUCAUACAUCUUAUGACUUUCCAGUUUCACGCACCCUAUGACAAUAAACCUAAAAUAGUUGGUCAUAAUACACCAUUGUAUCCUUCUUCAAAGGAAAACCACAAAGAUAGAAAAUUAAAUGUUGAUUAUAUAGUGAAAUAUUGGAUAAAAAAAGGUGCCACUCCCGAAAAAAUUCUACUUGGAACGUCUUUGUCUGGAAAUUCGUAUACACUAUCAACUCCAAUAAAGAAAUUGGGAAGAGGUGCCCGUUUCGAGGGGCCAGGAGAAGCAGGAAAAUACACCCAUGAAUAUGGCACUUUAGGAUAUAACGAGAUUUGUGAUUUGAUAAAUAAUGAUAAAUGGAAAGUUGUGUAUGACAAGGAACAGGAAGUGCCAUACGCCUACAAAGGAAAUCAACUUGUUGCGUACGACAAUGUUGAAUCCUUAACAAAGAAGGCUCAAUAUAUUGAGAAAAUGAAUCUUGGUGGUGCUAUGAUGUGGAGCAUAGAUACAGAUGAUUUUGAUGGACAGUGUGGAGAAAAGUAUCCACUUCUGACAACUGUUAACCGCAUACUUAGAAACAAGAUAAAUUUCUAGAUUUUUGUAAAAGUCUCUGAGAAAAUAAUAUAGAUUUAUUCGAUCCCUA